AUGUCGGAGCCAGAAUUCCCUGAGCAAAUCGACAGAAUGGUAGGAGGACGAAUGGCUGCAUCGGUUCACUGUGAAGGAGUAAAGAUGUCCGCACUUCUGGACACUGGAGCAAUGGUUAACCUUGUUACGGCAGCCGCUAUUCGAAAAUUACAACAGAAGCGGGGCGAUAGCUACUUAAGUGACAGAAUUAUUCAAACGAACCUAAGCUCUGCUCGCGACUCGUCUGAGAACACGACGAUGAUAUCGGGAAGCGUAGUUCCGAUGAUUAGUUGGUUAAACGAGAAUGAUGUAAUGGAGACGAAGACUUGGACUUGGGCACGAAUGCGUUGGAUGUCCGCACUUCUGGACACUGGAGCAAUGGUUAACCUUGUUACGGCAGCCGCUAUUCGUAAAUUACAACAGAAGCGGGGCGAUAGCUACUUGAGUGACAGGAUUAUUCAAACGAACCUAAGCUCUGCUCGCGACGCGUCUGAAAACACGACGAUGAUAUCGGGAAGCGCAGGUCCGAGGAUUAGUUGGUUAAACGAGAAUGAUGUAAUGGAGACGAAGACUUGGCCGUGGGCACGACGUUGGCUUCGUCGAAGAAGUGGGGCAAAGAGACGUUAA